AUGGAACCCCAAACACAGAAGCCUUCACGCGGACCCCAGAGCCAAUUUCAAACCGGCCAUGAAGUCCCCGUCCAGCAGAUGAAGAAGCCGGGUCUUCAGUCCCAGAUGGAGAAGCCUCAGCCUACAUCGACGCAGAUCCCUUCCGAAGAUCAAGCCGCCGGCAAGUUGCUAGGGAAGAAGGCCAUAAUUACUGGCGGUGACUCCGGCAUCGGUCGUGCGGUCGCAAUUCUGUUUGCGAUGGAGGGUGCUUCAAGUUUAAUAACCUAUUUGCCAGAGGAGGAGGAGGACGCACAGGAAACAAAGAGACGGGUUGAGGAAGCCGGCCAGAAGUGCUACCUUCUAGCCACAGACCUACGCAGGAAGGAGAACUGCAAGAAGGUUGUUGAGACGGCAUUAGAGAAGCUAGGAGGAAUUGACAUCUUGGUAAACAAUGCGGGAACGCAGACGAUGCUUCCUGAUAUCAGUGACUUGGAUGAGUCCCAAUGGGAAAGCACAUUCGACACAAACAUUCAUCCUGUCUUUUAUCUCUCCAAGUACACUAUGCCACAUCUCAAGUCCGGUUCAUCCAUCAUCAACUGCGCUUCGGUAAACCCUUACAUCGGUCGACCUGACCUUCUCGACUACACUUCGACCAAAGGGGCGAUGGUCGCGUUCACGCGCGGUCUGUCAAACCAGCAAUGCAGCAAAGGCAUUCGUGUUAACGCAGUAUGCCCCGGGCCCGUCUGGACCCCUCUAAUUCCAGCAACGAUGACCACUGAGGCAAUCGAGCAAUUCAGCGGCACGCCGAUGGGUCGUGCAGGACAGCCUAGCGAGAUCGCAACUUGCUUUGUUUUUCUCGCUAGUCAGGAUAGUAGUUUUAUCUCUGGGCAGUGCUUGCACCCGAACGGAGGAGUUGUUCUCAAUGGUUAG